AUGACAGAGCAAUCUUCAUCGCUAUUAAAAGUAUUAUUUUUCAACGCUACCAUAGAUUCAAUAAAAGAUGCCAUUAACAAAAUAAAUCAAUUGAAUUCAAAAGCCGGUCCUUUCACCUUUGCGUUUAAUAUCAAUUUAAUAGAUAAUUUAUCUUCAAUUAAGGAAACGUUAGACUCAACAUCUGUCCGAUACAUUUUAUUAUCUAAAAAAGAAAAAAAUCCAGGAAAAAAUAGAAGUGCAAGCCUAAUUCAACUAACCAAUCCUUAUGGAAUAUAUGAAUUAGAAAGUGGAUUUCGAAUUGCUUAUAUUAAAUUUGACAAUGAUUGCAAUAAAGUUAUGAAAAAUAUAAUACCAUUUUUCACGAAAUUUGGUGAGUUUGUAGAUGUUUUGGUUACUUCUUAUAAUCAAAUUGAAACUAACUUUAAUAAAGAACAGCAAUAUAUUAUUGAUUCUGUUAUAAAAUUAGUUAAACCUUUCUAUCACUUUACCCCGAAUAAUGAAACAUCUGAUUUUGUGGAAGAAAUGCCCUUUUUGUGGGAUUCUGUGCAGAGACCGGCCCGCAGUUUGAAAAUUCCACAAUUGCACAUGGGGAAAAAAUGGGCCUAUGCAUUUAAUUUUGAUAUACUGAAAUCUCUAGAAGUUCCUACAACUUUGCGUUCCAAUCCGUAUUUGCCAAAAGAUAAUAGAAAAAGAAAACCCCUUUGUAUUGAUGGGGAAAAAAAUUUGGAAAAAAUAAAAAAAUUGAAAACUGUUCAACCUACCAACUGCCAUUUUUGUUUCACCAAUGACAAUAUUGAAGAUCAUAUGAUAGUUUCCAUAGGAAACAAUGCUUAUUUGACAAUAGCAAAGGGUCCACUGACUGUUCCUCAGCAAGGAUUACCAUUUCCUGGACAUUGUAUUAUUACUUCUAUCGAACAUAUUCCAAAAUUAAAUUGUAGAAUAAAGCCAUCAAGCCAUGUAUUCGAAACAUCAUUGUAUAAAGAAAUUAUUCAAUUUGAACAAGCCUUGUGUAAAAUGUUUGCCAAAUUUGAUAUGUCUAUCAUUGUUUCUGAAAUUAAUUUUGAAAAUGCUGUGCAUUAUCACUUACAAGUUUAUCCAGUUCCAAACAAAUAUCUGGAUAAAUUUAAUAUUUCAUUAGAGAAACAUAUUCAUUCCAACAACGAAAAAUACACUUCCAAUGCCAAAUUAAAUUUCAAAAAAAUCCAUUCGGUAGAUGAUGAGGAUUAUAAAAAAUUAAUAAAUAAUCCUUCAUCUAAUUAUUUCCAGUUCAAAGUACACAAAAGUGAUGGCGAAGUCGAAAUAUUUUAUUCUAUCUUUGAUCCACAACACAGACUGGACUUACAAUUUGGAAGAAGGGUUUUGGCUUAUAUUUUGAACCAACCAAAACGUAUUAAAUGGGAUUCUAAAAUUUGCUUUGAAUCUAAGGAAAAAGAAACUAAAAAUGCCCAACAAUUUCAGGAACUUUUUAGAGAAUUUGAUUUCACUGAUGCAAGCUAA